UUUUUUUUUUCGUUAAAUCAAGCAGACAAGGGUCCGUUUUCGGUUAUCCUAAAAACUGCUAAGAAAAGCAGGCACAUUCCCCAUAUGUAUCGCAAAAACGUCUGCUGUUUUAUUUUCAACGAUGAUCUUAAAUUUUUAGGUUGCGUUCGUAUUGACAACGGUCAGUAUCAAUGUGUACAGGGUGGCAUUGAAACGGAAGAUAUGGAUAAUGUUUUGGAAGCGGGGUUACGCGAGAUCAAGGAGGAGAUCGGCCUCUUACCGCAUGAUGUGCAUUUCGUACAAGAGAUUCAACCGCCAAACGGCGACCCUACGGUCUUCCGGUAUAAAACAAAAGCACUGAAGAAUAAAUAUAAAAAUUGUAUCGGGCAGGAGCAACGUAUUCUCCUUUUUUACGCUCAUGAAAGUGUUAUUAAAAAAACCGUGGUGAUCCCUCCAAAGGAACUCAAAAUCAGGCGGGAGUUCAGGAGGGUGCUAUGGGUUUCGAUGGACGAGUUAUGCGAAAAGUGCCCACCCAUAAAAACUCAUAUUUUUAAAAUGGUUAACGAACUCGCCAUACCGAUCGCGAAGGACUAUUUAAAAAUUUCAGCCAGCCAUCCCCCGCCGACCUUAGCGAAGGUGUAAUUUAACACACUUGAUUGUAACACAUUUAUUUUUGUUCUUUAUAGAUGAUCCAUACAAAUAAAAUUGUGAUCAAUAGAGUAAAUCAUACCAUAAUCGAAAAAGGUGCCUUUAUUUUUCUUUUUUUCCCCCUACGAAUAACCUAAUGUGAAGAAUCGAAUCCAACAAA